AUGGAGACGGGCGAGGAGCGGCCGGGGCUGGCGGCGACGCUCCGGGCGCUGAACGUGGCGCUGGGGCGGCCCGCGUCUCUCUGGAUGAAGGAGAGCAGCGCCCGCAACCUGCGGCACCGCGACUUCCUGGCGCCGCGGGCUGCGCUCGGGGCCGCCUUCGCCGGGGGGCAGGUGCCCUCCGAUGUCGUCGCGGCCGUGACGGCGCUGGGCGGCCCGGGGGUGCUGGCGGUGCGCGGCUGCCGGCAGACGGCGGCGGGGCUGGAGGUGCGGCUGCGGCGCUGCGAGGCCUUCCGGCGUUUGCUGGGCCCCCAGCCCGGCCCUGGCCCCGCCCCCCUACCCGGCCCACAGGCGACGGUGGUGCUGCACUGUCCGGCCCUGCGGUGCCCCGGAGGCCUGACGCCCCGCCGCCUGCGCCCCGUGCUGCUCGCUGACCACUUGGCCCAGCUGCUGCGUGCCCAAGGGCUCAGCACGUUCCUGGUGCCUGCUGUCACCGACAAGCGGAGCCAGGAGGUCCUGCAGCAGCUCCGUGUGGAAUGGCCUUCCAGCAGCACAGCCAGCCAUGAGACUCUGUCAGCCUUGAAGCAAUCUCUCAGCCAGUGCCACUAUGCCACACAUUCUGAAAGGGGGUCAGGUGUGGCCUCGCCACCUGAGGACAUCAUUUGUAAAGUACACCUGAAGAGCUAUGUGGAGCAGCAGGGCCUGGAAGGCUAUGACCCCAACCUGGGAGUCCUCCUUGUGACAGAGGAGAAGCUGCAGUCCCUGGCUGAACUGCAGCAAGCUGUGCUGCAGGGCAUGGCAGGGUGCCAGGGGAGCUGCUGCAGUGUGGUGCACAUAGUGAGCUGCGAGGAGGAAUUCCAGCAGCAGCAAAUGGAUCUGUUAUGGAGGAUUUUGGAUCCAGCAGCCAGCAUGGAUUUGCAGAAGCACCUUGUCUGUGGACCAGUGAAGGUGACAAACCCUUUAUCCCCCAUCAGUGCAGACCAUUACUUUCAGCUCAGGAAACGCCAGAUGUAUGAAGCCUCUGUCAUGAAAUAUGGGGAGCUUGCACAAGACGAGGCCUGGACUGAGGUUAUUGAUAUCCUGACGGUGGCUGCCAUCAGGUUUGAGAUGCUGAGCACUGCCCACCGGAGCCAGAUCACCCUGGACCUGGAGGACAGCAGCAUUUCUACAAAGGGAACCAAGAGUGGUGCCUUUGUGAUGUACAACUGUGCCCGGCUGGCCACGCUCUUUGACACAUACCAGCGGGCUGUAGAGCGAGGCACAUACCCACCUCUGCCACCAGCAUCAGAACUGAACUUCUCCUGCCUCCGGGAAGAAGGUGAAUGGCUGCUCCUCUUCAACUACCUCUUGCCCUUCCCAGAAGUCUUGCAGCAAGCAGCACAGCUGCCCCCACCCAGCAAGGGGCUCCGGAUCACAGCCAACACAGAGGCAGUGUGCAAGUUCCUGAUCCAGCUCAGCAUGGAUUUCAGCUCCUACUACAACCGGGUUCACAUUCUCGGGGAGCCAUUCCCUCACCUCUUUGACCAGAUGUUUGCACGCCUCCAGCUGCUGGGAGCAGUGAGGGACAUGUUCCAUAGUGCCCUGGCAACUCUGCACCUCCCUCCUCUCAGCCAGAUCUAAGCCACCACUGAGGACUGUUGCCACGGAGUGACAAACAGCAGUGCUACAAGGGGCAGAA